UUAAGAAGUAGAUUCAUUACACUGAAGUUCUGAUACAGAAUCAUGUUGUUAAAGACGACAAGUUUGUUGCUAAUCGUGUUGCUGCUACUGACGGACCAGGGCAAUGCUUUGGACGCCAGAUGCUUGCAGCCCGUAGAAGUGGGUCCUUGCAGAGCUAGAAUAAUUCGUUGGUACUACAACAAGAACACAAAAACUUGUGAACAGUUCGGAUUCGGCGGCUGUCAUGGAAACCAAAAUAAUUUCAUGACAUUGCGUAGUUGCCGAAAGGUCUGUUCUUAAAAGAAGUCAAUGCAAUGUGUACAUUAAAUGUAUUUAAAUAAAUACGUACAUUCACAUAUUUGAAGAAGUAUGAA